GUUUUUUUGUUUUUUCUUCUAUCUUCUCAAACACGCCUCCGUUUUUCCUCCUACGAAUUUCCCCGACCAAAAAGAUGGUGGGGUUUGCUUUCUUCGCUAGGUUGCGUAUGGGCUCCUCGUCGCUUCCGAGGGGCAGAUGUAAUAUCCAUUCUGCUUUCUAAGGAUUGGUGUUGUUGAUGGUGAUGUGUUGAAUUGAGUGUAAUUCUCGGAUUCUGAAGAGGUUCGACAUUGUCAUCAUCAUUUGACUGAUUUGCGGUUGUGUGGUUAUGUUGAAUUGAGUGAUAAUUCAGAUUCUGAAGGGGUUUAACAUUGUGUGACAAUGCCCUCUUCAGAAAAUCAGGGCUUUUCGUCUCGUAUUCCUUUCCCUUCGUUUCGUCGAGGGAUUUUUACUAUCAGAAGUGAUCAGAUUCAGAUACACUCGGUGGAAAAUGAGCAAGGGGGGUCUAGUAGCCAAGGCUCGGAGUUAAGGUCGUUUCAAAGACUAGUUUCAUCUCGGUUUUCUGACCUCUCGGUGGCGAAUGGGGAAGAGUUCCUCUCGGUUUCGUGGGUGAGAAAGUUGUUGGAUGCGUUUGGGGAUUGUCAGGACGAGUUUAGGGCGGUUUUAAGCAGCAGCAAAGAGUUCGUCUCGAAGCAGCCUCAAGACAAGAUUCUCUCGGAUUAUUUCGAUAUGAACAUUAAGGCGCUGGAUAUAUGCAAUGCGACCCGAGAUGGGGUUCAGAAGAUUCGUUCGUGGCAAAGGCAUUUGGAGAUCGUGGUUUCUGCAUUGGAUCCUCCUCAACAAAGAAUGCGUCGAGCAAGAAAAGCCCUGAUGGAUUUGAGUCUAGAUAUGCUAGACGAAAAGGACACGGGGGGGUCGGUCUUUUCGAUCCGAAACCGGUCUUUUGGACACCACAACAGGACUAAAGAUUCACCGAGGCACUCGAGGUCUCUCUCGUGGAGCGUUUCGCCCUCCUGGUCCGCCUCCAAGCAGCUCCAGCUAAUCGCCAACGGAUUAGCCCUUCCUAAUGCUGCUACUAACGGUCUAGCCACGCUCGUGUUCACAAUGAGCCACGUCCUUUUGUUCGUCCUAUGGGCCGUCGUUGCUGCCAUCCCCUGCCAAGACCGCGGCCUCCAGACCAACAUCACCAUCCCGACCCUCUUCCCGUGGAGCCGUUCGCUCCAGACGCUGCAUUCCCGGAUAACGGAAGAGUCCAAGAAGCGCGGUAGAAGCUCCAACGGACUACUAAGGGAAACCCAUCUGGUCGAAAAGGGCGUCCACCGCUUAACCGAGCUGAUCGAUUCUCCCCAGCUCCCACUCUCCGAGGAACACAAGGAAGACAUGAGGGAAAGCGUGGAGACACUAUCGCGGGUGUCCAAAACUUACCAGACGGAACUUGGACCGCUAGAACACCAACUGAGGGAGGUGUUCAGAAAAAUCAGAAGCUGUCGUGCCGAGGGUCUCGAGUUCUUGGCCAAUGCUCAUUCAUAGCAUUCUGAAUUGGUUUGGUUACCACCUGACAGUGAGAAACAUAAACCUAUGACUGUGUUGUGUUGUUUUGUCAUCCAGCAAUUGCUAUCGCUGUUUGGAAGAACAUUUUGAGAUAGCAAUUGGUGGGAUUCAAAACUUUUAAUGCCUAUGAUGUGGAAGUAGAAAAGAUUUUAUUUGAUGUUUGUUUAUGGUCAAAUCUUUAACUUUCAACUCUGUUCUGUUUGGAUAUAUAAUUUACAGAUCUUUUUA